UAAAUCUUCUUCCGACGACGAGGGGAUUUCGUCUUAGGUCACAGGAGAUAAUCUUCCGACAAGAUAUAUUUUCCAGACACGACUGAAUCUCUUCAUCUUGGUAUCACUUGGCAAAGAGAAUGGCGGGAUAUAAUUUGAAGUCGUGGGUUUCGGACAAACUGAUGGUGGUACUAGGCUAUUCGCAACCUGCUGUCGUUGAGUAUCUCACUGCAAUGGCUAAAAAUUCAAGAUCAGCUUCUGAGCUAGUGCCUGAGUUGUUGGAUUACGGGUUUUCAUCCGGUGAUGCUCUUGAGUUUGCACAAGACAUUUGUGCCAGGGUUCCCCGUAAAGCUGCUGGUGUGAAUAUCUAUCAGCAAGAGGAAGCAGAGGCAGCAAGGAUAGCGAAAAAGCAAAAAACUUUUAUGCUUUUACAUGCAGAUGUUGAUGAAGUCUCUGUGGAGAAAAAAUCUUCUGAAUCUAGAAGGCCUGACAGAGGCAAUAAAAAUAUUAGAAAGAAAAGUGUGAAAUCAGAAGAUGAAGAUGACAAGGACAAUGCGCAGGUGGAUGUUAUAGAAGACGAUAGGCGUGUUAUGGGAAGGGUAUCCGAAGAGGAGGGCUCAGAGUCAGAAGAGGAUAGAUUACAAGACCGGAGGGAGAGAGAGGAACUGGAACAACAUAUCAGAGAAUGUGAUACCAAACGGACACGAAGGUUAUCAGAGCCCAGCAUAUCGAAAAAAGAGAAAGAAGAGGCUAUUCGAAGAGCCAAAGCUUUGGAAAGCGAUGACAUUGCGUCGUUAAGAAAAGCCUCAAGACAAGAGUAUUUGAAGAAAAGGGAACAGCAAAAAUUGGAAGAACUGAAGGAUGAGAUAGCAGAUGAGCAAUAUCUGUGUGGGAGUGAAAAGCUCACUGAAAUAGAAACUGACCAAAUUAGAUACAAGAAAGAGCUCUACAAUCUUGUGAUCAAAAGAACACAUGAAGACGAUAAUGCUGAUGAGUAUAUUAUGCCAGAUGCUUAUGAUCAAGAUGGAGGCGUUAAUCAGGAGAAGAGAUUCUCUGUUGCUGCACAUCGAUACAAGGAUAUGGAAGCAGCUCAAAAAAUGAACCCCUUUGCUGAGCAAGAAGCUUGGGAGGAUCAUCAAAUUAGAAAAGCAACAUUAAAAUUUGGUGCAAAGAACAAAGAAGCCUCCGAUGAUUAUCAGUUUGUAUUCGAGGAUCACAUAGACUUCAUAAAGGCAUCUGUGUUGGCUGGUGAAAAUUAUGAAGAUGAGAUGCUUCCAAUAGCAGGUCAAAAUCUUUCGAGAAAAUCAGCUUUUGAGAUGCUUCAGGAGGAGAGAAAAACUCUGCCAAUUUAUUCGUACCGUGAUCAACUGCUGAAGGCUAUUGAAGAUCAUCAGGUUCUUGUCAUUGUGGGGGAUACUGGUUCAGGAAAGACUACACAAAUACCACAAUAUCUUCACGAAGCUGGUUACACAAAGCAUGGGAAGGUUGGCUGUACGCAGCCUCGAAGAAUUGCAGCUAUGAGUGUAGCUGCGCGUGUUGCUCAUGAGAUGGGUGUCAAACUUGGUCACGAGGUUGGAUAUUCUGUUCGAUUCGAGGAUUGUACUUCAGAGAAAACGGUCCUGAAGUAUAUGACUGAUGGAAUGUUGUUGCGUGAGCUACUUGGAGAACCAGAUUUGGCGAGUUACAGCGUCAUUAUUGUGGAUGAGGCGCAUGAAAGAACUCUGUCAACCGACAUACUAUUUGGAUUAGUCAAGGAUAUGGCACGGCUUCGACCAGAAUUGAAAUUAUUGAUAUCCAGUGCAACAAUGGAUGCAGAGAAAUUUUCUAAUUAUUUUGAUGCUGCUCCAAUCUUUAUCUUCCCAGGAAGAAGGUUUCCGGUUGACAUUAGCUUUGUAGCUGCACCUGAAGCUGAUUAUAUGGAUGCCGCACUAGUGACUGUUCUUCAGAUACAUGUUAGUGAGCCACUUGGAGAUAUUUUGGUCUUCCUUCCCGGCCAAGAGGAAAUUGAAAAUGUAGAAGAGACGUUGAAGAACAAGAUUAGAGGUUUCGGUACAAAGAUUCGGGAACUUAUAAUAUGCCCGAUCUAUGCAAACCUUCCAAGCGAAAUGCAAGCAAAAGUAUUUGAACCAACACCUGAAGGGGCUCGUAAGGUAGUUCUAGCAACAAAUAUUGCUGAAACAUCACUUACCAUUGAUGGUAUCAAGUAUGUCGUCGAUCCAGGGUUUUGUAAGAUCAAAUCGUAUAACCCAAGAAAUGGUAUGGAAUCUUUGCUUGUGACUCCUAUCUCCAAGGCUUCGGCGACGCAACGAACUGGCCGAGCUGGAAGAACAGGCCCAGGGAAGUGUUUUCGGCUGUAUACAGCUUACAAUUUCCAGAAUGACAUGGAGGAUAAUACGGUGCCAGAAAUACAAAGGACAAAUCUUGCUAGUGUGGUACUUGGUUUGAAGAGUCUUGGAAUUGAUGAUCUGUUGAACUUUGAUUUCAUGGACCCUCCCCCUGCUGAAGCUCUUGUUAAGGCUUUGGAACUACUCUUUGCUCUGGGUGCCCUAAAUAAAUUAGGUGAACUGACCAAAGUUGGGAGAAAGAUGGCUGAGUUUCCCCUUGAUCCUAUGUUGUCGAAAAUGAUUGUUGUUUCUGAGAAGUACAUGUGCUCUGAUGAGAUAAUCUCUAUUGCUGCUAUGUUGUCUGUGGGAAGUUCCAUCUUCUACCGUCCCAAGGACAAGCAAGUUCAUGCUGACAAUGCAAGGAUGAAUUUCCACACCGGAAAUGUCGGAGAUCACAUUGCUUUGCUAAAGGUAUAUAGUUCGUGGAAGGAAACAAACUACUCGACUCAGUGGUGCUACGAGAACUACAUUCAGGUCCGGAGCAUGAAAAGAGCCAGAGAUAUCCGUGACCAAUUGGAGGGACUUCUCGAGAGAGUGGAAAUUAAAGUCAGCACUAACUUCAACAACUUGGAUUUAGUAAGGAAGUCCAUCGUAGCAGGUUUCUUCCCACAUUCUGCUAAGCUACAGAAGAAUGGAUCAUAUCGAACUGCAAAGCAUCCCUUGACAGUGCAUAUAUAUCCCAGCUCAGGCUUAUCUCAAGUUCUACCAAGGUGGGUUGUAUACCAUGAACUUGUCCUUACCUCUAAGGAAUAUAUGCGACACGUAACUGAGCUAAACCCAAAUUGGUUGGUUGAGAUAGCUCCUCACUACUAUCAGCUUAAGGAUGUUGAAGAUGGUGCAUCCAAAAAAUUGCCUAAGUCAAUUGGACGAGCUCCAGCGUAAGGACUUCACUUGUCAUGAUCCUUUUUCAUGUGUCCAAUUCACCGCUUCUCUAACUCUACUGAUGUUUUGUUAUUUUUCAAGUUGUCUCUAAUGCUAAUUAUCUCGUGAUGCUACUAUAUCUGUCAUUGUAGAUCGACAUGAGCAUGGUCUUUUGGUCACUUGUAUAGAUACUUUUAAAGGUUAUUUUAGUCAUUAAUCUACUACACUAAUCACCAAAAAGUUAAAUUUUCUAUCU